CUCCUCUCUCACUUAAUUGAUUAGCGAGCGAACCGGCUAUUCAGCAACAGGAGAAGCGCAGCUCCCAAAUGGGGCACUUAAAACACAGAUAAACCGACUAAUUGCCCCCCACCCGGUAUAUUUCGAGUGGCCUGAGACUGUGUGGCCAUGGGUGACACAGAGCUGGAGCUCUCCCCUGCCCGGCUUGAAGAGCUACAGAAAAGCCCAUCGGCCUCAUCCACUUCCACCACCUCCUCUCUUUCCCUGCCCUCUUCUCCCUCCUCAGGCCCUCGCCCCCUCACCAGCUCCAGCCCGAGCACCAGCGAUGGCCUGUCCACCUCCAGCCCCCCUCUGGAUGUCAUAUCUGAGACCGUGGGUGAACUCAGCCUGGUAAUUGACACCGAGGUGGCUAAGAAAGCCUGCCAGGAGGUGCUUCAGAAGGUGAAGCUCCUGAAGGGUGAUGGAGAAGUGUCUUCAGCCAUCGCAGAGCCCGCUCUGGUGAACGGUAAUGUGCAUCCCAUAGAUGGUGGAGGAAAGCCUCCCAAGAUCAGCGAGGAGGAGGUGGAGCCUGUGAAAAGUGUACGGCGUCGUCAGAAAAACAACUCCUCCAAGCAGUCCUGGCUUCUGCGACUCUUCGAGUCCAAGCUGUUCGAUAUCUCCAUGGGGAUCUCUUAUCUUUACAACUCCAAGGAGCCCGGCGUCCAGGCCUACAUCGGAAAUCGACUCUUCAGCUUCCGUAACGAAGAUGUGGACUUCUACCUGCCCCAGUUGCUCAAUAUGUACAUCCACAUGGAUGAGGACGUGGGUGACGCCAUCAAACCCUACGUGGUGCACCGCUGCCGGCAGAGCAUAAAUUUCUCCCUGCAGUGUGCCUGGCUGCUGGGGGCCUACUCGUCCGAUAUGCACAUCUCCACACAGCGCCACUCUCGUGGAACCAAGCUGCGCAAACUAAUCCUGUCCGACGAGCUCAAGCCUGCCAGCCAGCGCAUCCGCAGGGAGGUGCCGCAGCCUCCCCCUUCCUACCCCCCUCCCUUCCAUCACGGUCAGGGCACGAGUGAGCACAGCCUCUCGCCCUCUAAACGCACGCACCAACGCUCCAAAUCUGAUGCAACCGUCAGUAUCAGUCUCAGCAGCAACCUGAAGAGAACCGCCAGCAACCCCAAAGUUGAAAGCAGUCAAGAUGAGGAUCUGAGCUCCAGCUCCGACAGUCUCGAGCUCGAGGCUGGUACACCCGUGCGUUUGACUCCUCAGCGGGAGUUCAUCAAAUCUCUGAUGGGGAUUGGGAAGAGACUGGCCACUCUGCCCACUAAAGAACAGAAGACUCAGAGGCUCAUCUCUGAGUUGUCUCUUCUCAACCACAAGCUGCCUGCCCGGGUCUGGCUGCCCACAGCGGCCUUUGACCACCACGUAGUCCGUGUGCCCCACACGCAGGCCGUUGUGCUCAACUCAAAGGAUAAGGCACCUUACUUAAUCUAUGUAGAAGUUCUGGAAUGCGAAAACUUUGAGACGUCGAGUGUGCCUGUGAGGAUCCCGGAAACACGGAUCCGCAGCACACGAUCCGUAGAGAAUCUUCCAGAUUGUGGCAUCACACCUGACCAGCGUGCCAGCAGCUUUUCCACAGUUCCCAAUUAUGACAACGAUGAUGAGGCAUGGUCUGUAGAUGACAUUGGAGAGCUGCAGGUGGAGUUUCCAGAGAUCCACACCAACAGUUGUGACAACAUCUCCCAGUUCUCUGUAGAUAGCAUCACCAGCCAGGAGAGCAAGGAGCCUAUUUUUAUUGCAGCUGGAGACAUCAGACGACGUCUGUCCGAGCAGCUUGCCCACACCCCCACCACAUUUAAGAAGGACCCAGAGGAUCCCUCAGCUGUAGCCUUAAAGGAGCCAUGGCAGGAGAAAGUGAGGCGAAUCAGGGAGGGCUCCCCCUAUGGUCACCUGCCCAACUGGCGUCUACUUUCUGUUAUUGUGAAAUGUGGCGAUGACCUGAGACAGGAGCUUCUUGCCUACCAAGUGCUGAAACAAUUGCAGAUUAUCUGGGAGCAAGAACGGGUUCCCUUGUGGAUUAAGCCCUACAAGAUCCUGGUCAUCUCUUCAGACAGUGGAAUGAUUGAGCCGGUGGUCAACGCUGUGUCUAUUCACCAGGUGAAGAAACAGAGCCAGCUGUUGUUGCUCGAUUACUUCCGGCAGGAGCAUGGCAACUACACUACAGAGGCCUUCCUUACCGCUCAGCGCAACUUUGUCCAGAGCUGUGCUGGCUACUGCCUCAUCUGCUAUCUGCUGCAGGUGAAGGACAGGCACAAUGGAAAUAUCCUGCUGGACUCUGAGGGCCACAUCAUUCACAUUGACUUUGGCUUCAUCCUUUCUAGCUCUCCACGAAACCUGGGCUUUGAGACGUCUGCCUUCAAACUAACCAGUGAAUUUGUCGAUGUAAUGGGAGGUUUGGAUGGAGACAUGUUCAACUAUUACAAGAUGCUUAUGCUCCAAGGCCUCAUCGCUGCACGCAAGCACAUGGAGAAGGUUAUCCAGAUUGUAGAAAUCAUGCACCAAGGUUCUCAGCUUCCCUGCUUUCAUGGAUCCAGCACCAUCCGUAACCUGAAGGAGCGUUUCCACAUGAACCUGACUGAGGAGCAGCUGCAGGUGUUGGUGGAACAGAUGGUCGACGGUUCCAUGCGUUCCAUCACUACCAAGCUGUACGACGGCUUCCAGUAUCUCACCAACGGCAUCAUGUAAACAACGACGGAAGCAUCCAGGCUAGGGCGCACGUGGACUAGAGCGCUAGAACUGGAAAAGGCUGCACCACUUUAAAAAAAAAAAAAAAAAACCACUCCCAACGCCCACCUCCCGUAACCCCAUCAGACUGAUUAGCUUUCUUUAUGGACUUUUUUUUUUACCCAGACUGAAGAGGUUUUGAGCUGUGAAGUAACUGUUUGUCUUUUCCCAACAGCCUUUCCUCUUGCUUAAACUCUUCCCACUUUUUUUUGUUAUAUUGUCUUGUUUUUCUCUGGAUGUCCCUUUUAAUUGUAUCCAGCUUUCCAGUGCCUCAUUUAAACACUAGGCUGGGCUGCUCCGUGAAUACUUGCUUUUACUCUCACCUGUGUACUCUUACUGACUGACUUCAUCACAACCCAUAUUAUCAUCAGCAUUUUUUUGUUUUGUUUUUUUUGCUAUACCUCUAAUGCAGUUUACCUUGGAUAAAUAAAUUACAGGUAACAUUCAGAAUUCAACAUGUGAUGCACUCUCAGCUGAGGUGUUAUGAUGAAAAAAAAAUGUGUAUCUACAGAAGCCUGUAAAUUGCAUUGUGUAAUGAGGGAAUUGGGUGGUUAAACAUUGCUGCGUUGUCUAGCCUUGUCAAGUCAGUGUUACUUUAAUUGUUUUCUAAGAGAACAUCAAGUCACUCACAAAUUAUGUGCUGCACAAUUAAGAGAACCACUGAGCAAUUAAACAUUUUUGCUUAAAGGGCUCAGUUUUUACCCUUUAAGCAACCCUGAUUUAAUAGGGUUGAUGAAGCUGUUUAAUUGGAUGUGGAAGUGUUAAACUUCCAAACACCAAAGACAGACCAGUGACUUAACCAAUCAAAUGGGAGUUUUUCAAUCUGGUCAAUUUAAUCUUCAACUGAUACAGAAACUGAUAUAAAAUAAUUUGGAACAUUUUUAAAUAUCCUGGUUUAUUUUCUAGGUCAAAUAAUUAUUGAAAGUGUAAAAACUAUUUUGGCUUUCCAAAGGUCUGAUGGUGGCCGUUCCAAAUGUUGCAGACUGAAAAUAUAAACUGCUGGACGGAGAGACAUGAACUUUAUUUAUUGCUCAAUAUACGUACAUGACAUGUUUGUUGAUUUUAAGUUAUAAUCCAAGUUGUGCUAAUUUGUACAGCUAACAUGAAUUUAUAAUGUGCUUUUCUUACUGCUAUCCUCAAAGUGAGGUGGGCAGCCAUGUGUAAAUGUGUGACUGAGCCACUGGAGUUUUUUGGAUGGACAAUUGCCUGCUGCUCAGAUGUUAGCAGGAAACGUGGAAAGGGCUACAAAAAAGUGGGAGAAAUCAACAUUAAUUCUUUGUUUUAUUCAUUCAUACACAUGCACAGGUAUAAAAUUCCCUGCCUAAAAUUCUAGUUUGUUUCUUUUAUUUUAUUCUUGUGGGGUGUGUUGAGCCUUGUCUUAUUUCCCUGUGACACCAAUGCAAUUUAUCCAUCUCUUAAUAGUUUUAGUUUAUUAAUGAAAGCCCCGAUUUCCUUUCAUUUGUUCGCCUGUAUAAGGGCAAUUUAAGAUAUGUACGUUUUCAAUGGCUUAUCUUUCUCUUUACUAUUUUAUACUUCGUUUCAACGUCAAACUCUUUUUCUUUCCUUUGAAACUUGUAAAACGGACCAGCUCUUGAGAUCAUGUGAAUAACCUUCCUUGUGAAUGUUCCUUUGUAUAAUAAAGUAAAUGUACCUGUU